AUGAUGGGUCGCAGGUUAUUGGUUUGUGCCGGAGCUCUGUUUCUGAUUUUGUUCACAAUUCUUCCAUCAUCUACAGCUUUGAUUUCGUCUCCUGAGGCUAAUCAUCCGUACCCUAAAGCCAUCUCGGAUUUGAAGGAAGCAAUUGUGAAGGGACUUGGAUUCCAAUCAGAAGAAGUCAAAAUUUCUGGGUUUGAUGUGAGGGAUGCAUUGGUAGGUCAUGCCGUCUCAUAUGAAUUUGAUCUAGAAAUCGACAACAAAGUUCUUCCAAUCAAGCUUCUUGAAGAUGUGAACCGAUGGGAAUACGUUGAUCUCCCAAUUUUCCAAGUAGAACAGCCCAAUGAAGCCAUCGUAGACGAAAAUGGUUUGGUUCCUAUGAGCAAGAAGAAGAAGUCUAGUGAUGUGUCACCUGUUUUAGCUCCGUUUCAACUUGCCGGUCCCAUGGAAAUUUGGAUCCAAGAUGCAAACAAUAUGCGCCUUUCAUUACCUUAUGACGUGGAAGCUGGUGUUUUGAAGAAGGUGAUACUAGCAGAUGGUGCUGCUGUGACUGUCACAGGAGCUAGAUCAGUUAGUUUGCGCCAUCCGAUUGAUUUUCCACUUCCAUUGAACCAGAGCUCUAAUGGAUUUGUUGCCUCUGGACUUCUCUCUUUAGCUGAACAGCUUCGACGUGGUUCAAGUAAUCAAGAAACUCCACUUCUUUCCCUCCGAAUCGUUGGUCCUACUUCUCUUGCAACAACUUCACAAUCUCCUGACAGCAAACUCAAGCUUAAGCGUCUUGCGCCUGGACUUGUGGAACUGUCCUCGAUGUUUAAAGACAAAAGCAGUAGUGUCUCAACAAUCGGCGGCGCUGCUACUGCUACUACUCUUCUUACGCCAAGAGAAUUCACAACCAUGUGGCCAAUCACUUCGAUCAAUGGCUCCAACGCUAACUUACUCGGCUUUGAGAAGCUGUUGACCUCUGUUUUGGGUCCCAAAGCUCUGGAAAAGGGUUCCUUCAAGGUGUUAAAAGCGGAUGUCGCUGCUCAAACGUUUAUGAAGAUUGGUUUUGGUGUGGAAAGGAAGCUGAAAGAAAGUGAUGUUGAAGGUUUGAACUUUCCAGAAUGGCGAACAAAGCCAGAGACGAUGAUAAUGCAUUUUGAGGUUCUCGCUAAGGUUGAUGGAGAGAGAGUUGUACCAGAGAACGUAAUGCGAGUUGAUCCUAUACCAUCGGAGGAUACGAUUGCUCAGAAUGUGAUUUCUGGAAAUGUAACCAUGUCGAAACUCCCAAUCACUCAGCCUCCUCCAAGCCCCUUCACCUUGUAA